AUGGAUGAAGAAAAGGUUAGUACUGCACAACUUACGGACAGACGAAUGACCACCGAACCGCCGCCUCCGCCUUUGGUUGAUGAGAUUCAAGAAAAACUGGGUGGUCCACCUAAACCGAUAUUGAUUCCGCCUAAAGAUCACAUAUCACCAGUAGUAGUAGAUAUGAUUACGGAUUUAAGAAAGAAUGAAGAUUUAUUUGCCGGAUUUCUUAUUCCCAAAAAAACUGAAGCUUCAACAACAGAUGGUACAAAAGAGGGUAAGAAGCGUGUUAUAGAAGGGAUUGAUGAAGUAGUUAAAGUUAUCAAGAAGGAGACAGCAAAAACUAAGCACAAAAUAAAAAAAAAUAAAAAUGCAAGAAGAAAGCGUCUGCGACAGAGGGAAGCUGUUGGAAGCCAACGUCUAGCAGGGUUUAUUGUACAAAAAUUACUGGAGUUUAACAACAUAAGGCGUCUGCGACGUGCGGAUAGUUCUUGUGGGCGAGUUCCUUAUCGACCUACCGCCAUUUUUAGACAUUUGGAAUGUCUUGAUGGUACUUGGACCAGAAGAUUCCUGCGCGAGAGAGCUCCUGGUCAGCUACUUCCUGACUCAAGUGUUGGUGAUGGAAACUUCUGGUCAGCUACUUCCUGA